AUGAUGCCUGUAACUAAUGUAAUUGAAGAGGAGCCUGCACCAGAAGUGAGAAAUGAAGAGGAUUCCGCACCACAAGUGAUUGAGAAGAAGGUUACACCAGAUGGGGUCGAGGAGCAGCCUGCAAAAAAUAAGACAAAUGAAAGUGCUGAACCACAAGUGCUUGAGAACACGGUUGCACAACAAAUGGUUGAGGAGCCAGCAGAACCUCAUACUCCUACACAGUCGCAGGUGCAACAACCAGUGGAAGCUGAACUAUCUGUUGGUGCAGAACAAUCUUCUCUUCCUUCACCAAAAACUCCAUUGAAUGAAGUCUCAAUAUCAACAUUAAUUUCAAGCACAAAAACAGAUUUGAAAUUGGACGAAAUUUUUGAAGACAAAGGAGAAAAAGAAGAUGAAGGAGAAGGAAAUGAGAAAGGUGACAAAGGAAAAAGACCUCAAAGGAUUCACAAACUACCGGCUGCCUUCUCUUCUCCAUAUUUGGUCAAGUAUCGAGACUUGUUCAAAAAUCUGGACACAAUGCAUCAAAGCCUAGCAGAUUAUGUCUUAAGUGGUCAGGACAACAGUGAGGUUCUUUAUUUUGAUGGAUACAACUACAUCAAUAGAGAGGACAUGAAAACACUGGUUGAUGAAGCGGAAGUGGUUGACUGUGUGAUUGAUUCAUGGUCAAAGUAUCUAAAUGCAAAGGGCCAUAAAGAUAAACUCUUCCUUUCAACAGUUCCAUAUGUAAGUAUAAUAAUUGAUGUUAUUUAA